AUGGAAGACAGUAACGAUUCCUUAUCAGUAAUGACUCCAUCUAUGGGUAGUUCCCCCGCGGUCUUGCUUACUCCUGGACGCACUAGAAAUAUUGCACAAGAUAUGGAAGCACUUAGAUUGUCAAGACAAGACAAUCCUUACUUACAGCAAGUUAUGGCCAGCAGAGAGAGUUUAAUAGAAAGUCAUGCAGAAGAAUGUGGAUCAGAUGAUACAAUUUUAAUGUCACAGGAAUUUGGAAGUGCAGGAAUAGAUUUUGUUGAAGAUGAUCCCCUGACAUUGAAAGAAGUCCACGAGCACAUGAUUAGAUCUCCACCACCCACCAGUUGCUGGCCACAUGAAUCGCUGUCGCAGCGCGCGUCGAGCGCUUUCGAGUUCGCCGAUUGCCCUGUCUCGUACAGCGCCGGCUCGGUCCAUUCCCAGGAGAAGGAGGCCGCGGCGGGGCGCGGCCGGCGCGCGCGCUCCUCGCGCUCGGCGUCGCCGCGCUCGCACGAGCCGCCGCUCGGCGCGCGCCCCCUCUCGCUGCCAGGUGAGAGCCACCUGCGCAGCGCGCUGGGCAGGCGCGGGCUGCGGCGUCCGCACCUGCCGCCCCUGCCCCACCUCGCCCCGCUCGCCCCCCUCGGCCCCCUCGGCCCCCUCGGCCCAAUCGGCCCAAUCGGCCCCAUCGGCCGCCGCGACGACGCCGCGCGCCUAGUGCCCCGUUGCGACCAC